UUACUUGCCUGUUAUUGGGCGAAAUGGACACAUCAAAGGAAGGCGACUAUCUUGUCUUAUGUUUUUGAAUGCUUGCACUCGCCCUCUGUCUUGUGUACCACAUUUUUGUAAACAUUAUCCAAAUAUUAAUGAUGAAAUGCCACAGGACAGUUAGACUGUAGUGCCAUGAGAAGGACCCAGCAAAGGACGUACAUGGAUACCUGAACCAAUGACGAUUUAAGACCAGACCUUUCACUACCGGGCAUCAAGCAGCUCCAGAGUUUGUGGACUUGUUCACAGAUGAAAAUUGACUUUUAAACGAAUCAAGAAAAAUCUUCUUCUUUUCACCUUUUUUUCUAUUUCUAUCACAUUUUGUAGCCAAUGUAGGCUUUGUCCUGGUUCAUUUUCGAUUUUAAGUACAUUUCUUAGAUUUGAUAUAAGACUUAACUUUUCUUCAUUGACUGAACAUCGUUUUCAUAGCUCAUACAUUCAAAGUCUUACUUGUCUUUUAUUUUGUCUUCAUUUGUGAGCCAGGCAUCUUUCUUACUUUUCUUGAGUGACUUUUCUUAAUAGUUUUGAUUCAAUAGACAAUACCUGUGCUCAGUCAUCCAGCCUGGAUUUACAGUAGGGGCCAACACUUUCAUCCACGGUCUCUACGCCAGUCCUACUUUUUCUUACCAAUCUCUCAAACUACUUCAAAGGUCAGUCACUCCUCCAUCCAGGGCUAUGAGAGGAAGAGACAAGACCCAGCUCACAUCAACAUGCAAGAGUUGAGGAGAGAGAAUGGGAGUUGGGCUGGCAAUGUUCAAGGGACUGUAUCUUCACUCCUCCGCCAUGCUUGUCAGCCUCCACCUCUCCUCUUCCCCUUUCUCCGACCGUCGCGUCCUGUCUUUUGUCUCCCUGGCUUCUUCCUCCAAACCGCCCCUCUCCCUCUCGCUCCUUCUCCUCUCUCUCUUCUUCUUCCCUACCUGCGAGUCUCGCCGUGGAGGCGGGAUCGGGACGCCCAUCGGGGGCAUGAGCGGCGGCGAGCGCGGCCAGUCGAUAAUCAGCCCUCCUCAUUAUCCGCCACCAGGAGUCAAUCCAGUGGGUCCUCCAUUGCCACCAAAGUUUGCUCAAGGCCUUAGCAUCGCAGUGAUCCUUGUGGGAAACUCCAGCGAGGUGUCCCUCUCUGAAGGUCUGGAGAAAGAGGACUUCCUCCACGUGCCUCUCCCUCCGAAAGUCGAACUGGUCACGAUGAACGAAACCGACCCGAAGAGUAUCAUAAACCGCAUCUGUGCUCUGAUGUCACGGAACUGGCUCCAGGGUGUGGUGUUUGGGGACGAUACCGAUCAGGAGGCCAUCGCCCAGAUAUUGGACUUCAUCUCAGCUCAGACGCACAUCCCCAUCCUGGGCAUCCGUGGAGGCUCUUCCAUGAUCAUGGCAGCCAAGGAUGACCAUUCCAUGUUCUUCCAGUUUGGACCCUCUAUAGAGCAGCAGGCCUCUGUCAUGCUUAACAUAAUGGAGGAAUAUGACUGGUACAUAUUCUCCAUCGUCACCACCUACUACCCUGGAUACCAGGACUUUGUCAAUCGGAUCCGGAGUACCGUGGAGAACAGUUUUGUUGGCUGGGAGCUGGAAGAGGUGCUGCUGUUGGACAUGUCAGUAGAUGAUGGCGACUCAAAGAUCCAGAACCAGAUGAAGAAGCUUCAAAGUCCUGUUAUACUACUGUACUGCACUAAAGAAGAAGCCAUGACCAUUUUCGAGGUGGCACAUUCUGUCGGCCUCACUGGUUAUGGUUACACCUGGAUUGUACCAUCUCUGGUGACAGGGGAUGCAGAUAAUGUACCCAGUGUCUUUCCAACAGGUUUGAUCUCUGUUUCCUACGAUGAGUGGGACUAUGGACUGGAGGCUCGAGUACGUGAUGCUGUAGCCAUAAUCGCCAUGGCAACCUCCACAAUGAUGCUGGAUCGGGGUCCUCACACGCUGCUUAAGUCUGGAUGCCACGGCGCACCUGACAAGAAAGGCAGCAAGUCAGGAAACCCCAACGAGGUGCUGAGGUACCUCAUGAAUGUGACAUUUGAAGGGCGCAACCUCUCCUUUAGUGAGGACGGUUUUCAGAUGCACCCAAAGUUGGUCAUUAUACUGUUAAAUAAGGAGAGGCAGUAUGAAAGGGUUGGUAAAUGGGAGAACGGGUCUCUGGCAAUGAAGUACCACGUGUGGCCUCGGUUCGAGCUCUACUCGGAUACUGGGGAGCGGGAGGAUGACCACCUGUCCAUUGUUACGCUGGAGGAGGCUCCAUUUGUUAUUGUGGAGGAUGUUGACCCCCUCAGUGGCACCUGCAUGAGGAAUACAGUGCCGUGCAGAAAACAGCUCAAACUCCAAAAUCAGACAGGAGAUUCAGGGAUCUACAUUAAACGCUGUUGCAAGGGCUUCUGUAUAGACAUCCUCAAAAAGAUUGCCAAGUCGGUAAAAUUUACCUACGAUCUCUACCUGGUGACCAAUGGGAAGCAUGGCAAAAAGAUCAAUGGCACAUGGAAUGGCAUGGUUGGAGAGGUGGUGUUGAAGAAUGCCCACAUGGCAGUGGGGUCCCUGACCAUUAACGAAGAGAGGUCAGAGGUCAUUGACUUCUCUGUGCCCUUCAUAGAGACUGGGAUUAGUGUCAUGGUCUCUCGUAGCAAUGGCACAGUGUCACCUUCUGCCUUUUUAGAGCCCUUCAGCGCUGAUGUCUGGGUAAUGAUGUUCGUUAUGCUGUUGAUAGUUUCAGCCGUGGCUGUUUUCGUUUUUGAGUACUUCAGUCCUGUUGGCUAUAAUCGCUGCUUGGCAGAUGGACGAGAGCCUGGCGGUCCCUCCUUCACCAUCGGAAAAGCUAUUUGGCUACUUUGGGGUUUGGUCUUCAAUAACUCUGUGCCCGUGCAGAACCCCAAAGGCACUACUAGCAAGAUCAUGGUCUCAGUCUGGGCCUUCUUCGCUGUGAUUUUCCUGGCCAGUUACACUGCCAACCUGGCCGCAUUUAUGAUUCAAGAGGAAUAUGUGGACCAGGUGACGGGCCUGAGUGAUAAAAAGUUUCAACAUCCGAAUGACUUCUCCCCUCCAUUCCGCUUCGGUACUGUGCCCAAUGGCAGCACAGAGAGAAACAUAAGGAACAACUACAAAGAGAUGCACACCUAUAUGACCAGCUUCCACCAGAAGAACGUAAACGAGGCCCUCCACAGCCUCAAGAUGGGUAAAUUGGAUGCAUUCAUCUACGAUGCAGCGGUCUUGAACUACAUGGCUGGACGUGAUGAGGGCUGUAAACUGGUGACCAUCGGCAGUGGUUAUAUCUUUGCUACUACAGGGUAUGGCAUUGCCAUUCAGAAAGACUCAGGCUGGAAGAGAGCAGUGGAUCUCGCCAUUCUGCAGCUCUUUGGAGAUGGUGAGAUGGAGGAAUUUGAGGCCCUGUGGCUGACUGGCAUCUGCCACAAUGAGAAAAAUGAGGUGAUGAGCAGUCAGCUGGAUGUAGACAACAUGGCAGGUGUGUUCUACAUGCUGGGAGCUGCAAUGGCCCUGUCCCUUAUCACAUUCAUCGCAGAGCACCUCUUCUACUGGCAACUGCGAUUCUGCUUCAUGGGUGUGUGCUCGGGCAAGCCUGGCAUGACCUUCUCCAUUAGCAGGGGCAUCUACAGUUGCAUCCAUGGUGUUCAGAUUGAAGAGAACAAAUCAGCCCUUAACUCACCAUCAGCCACUAUGAACAUGAACAUGAACAACACCCACUCCAACAUUCUCCGUUUGUUGCGUACUGCCAAAAACAUGACCUCUGUACCUGGGGUCAAUGGUUCACCUCGCAGCGCACUGGACUACAGCCAUCGUGAGUCAGCCGUUUAUGACAUCAGUGAACACCGGCGCAGCCUAGUAGGCCACACAGACUGCAAGCCUCCACCGUACCUGCCAGAGGACAACAUGUUCAGCGACUAUGUAAGCGAGGUGGAGAGGACUUUUGGGAAUUUGCACCUGAAGGACAGCAACCUGUACCAGGAUCAUUACCUACACCACCAUGGGGGCACGGGAUCCGAACUGGCUCUCGAUAAGGUGAACCAGAACCCAUUCAUCCCAACCUUCGGUGACGACCAGUGUCUAUUACAUGGCGCCAAAUCAUACUACAUCAAAAAGCAGCAGGCACAGCCGCAGCAGCAACAGACGCCACAACAGCAGCAGCAGCAACAGCUCCUCAACAACAGUCGGGCUGACUUCCGAGGCUCCAUGGGGGUGACUUCCUAUUUGCCUGCUUCCGCAACUUCUGGGGUACUGUCCAAUGUGGCCCCUCGGUUCCCCAAGGAGCUAUGUCUGGGCGGGCCUCUUGGCAACCACUACGGUGGAGGACCUAGCAACAACAAGCUGCUGUCAGCAAGGGAUGGGUUAGGAAUGGGUCAAGGACAGAGACCGUUUAAUGGCUCGAGCAACGGACAUGUUUACGAGAAGCUUUCCAGUAUAGAGUCUGAUGUCUGAAGAGGGGAGUCAGAAACAGAUAAAAACGCAGAAAAGAAGCCAACAGACAUGCGGAAUGAUGAUUGAGAGAAAACUGAAAAGACAGUGUGUAAUUAGUUCCUUCAUGCUCACAACAAGAAGAGGAAACCGUGUGUGAGGAACUGACUCAUGCUUUCUUUAAGUUAUGCGGAUCACACGCUGCCAAGCAUACGUAUGUAAAUAGAGAGAGGGGACCUGCCCACUGUCAAAAAGUUGAGAUUAGGGGGAAAAAUCUGUUUAUUCCUCUCUUUUAUUCUCGUUUUUUGUAUAUUUAACUAUUUCCCUGCUCCUAACAUCAAAACAGCGGCCAAUCCAGAUGGAGACAACCGUGUACAAUCCUUUGUACAAUUGUGGAUGGAAAUCAGUUACUCUUUUUAAGCAACAGGGUAAAACUUACAAUAAUUGUAUUGAUAAUGUUCCUGAUAAUAAUAUUAUUAUAUAUUAUUACAAUGUUUAUGAUGUUCCAUUUGGGCUUGGUUUCUGGAUGUUUUAUGCUGUUAUAUAUUUGUACUGUAGUUUCAGUUAUUAGUUAACAAACCACUUUGCGGGAGGCUUUUUUGAUUUGUCAACUGAGCUUAUUUGAUUGUUAAUUGAGUUGUAGACAAACUUGGAUUCCAUAAGGUUCUUUAUUAUUGAUUAUUCAAGUUUAUUUUACCAGUAUGGAGUGCUGUAAGAUGUGUGUACAAGGCAUGAUUUGCAAAGUACUUCAGCUGUACUUGAGAUAUCAUUGUGAAGGAAAUGUAUUAUCACCUUAUUUUUACAGUGUUCCGUUUGUUAGAACAAUAUUGGUUUAAUACACAGCACGUUAUGUGCCUUACCAAGACUUACAGAAUACCUGAUUUACAGGUCAUAUUGCCAUGGUAACUUUCUGGUCACUGCACACAGACUUGUCAUUGGAUGAUUCAUAUUAUUCUGGAAGCUUCCUUUUAAUGGUAUAAGCACUGAUAUAGAAUAUCCAGCAUUGAGGAGACAAAGUAGGCUAAAUGUGUUUAUAGUAUUAAUCUCAAGAACUAGGUUCUAAAGAAAACCAGAUAAAUUAUUAUUCGAAUAGCUUUUAAUAAUAGGAACAUAGGAUAUUUGAGGUUUGCACAACAUUGUACAGUACACAGUAUCCUCCCUGAGAGUCGAGGCGUGGGGCGUUACAUUUGUAUGAUGUUAUCUACAAUAUAGAAAUAAAAAUCAAUUAAUUAAUAAUUUUUUCUCCACCAUCCCCCAAUUCUGAGGAAGUCUUUGAUCAAGGGGCAAAAUAACAACUGUGUCAUGGAUUUGUUUCUUCUUAGAAUGCAGUUAAGUAUUGGAUAUGCUUAUCUAUACUUUCCUUAGGGAGACGCCAGUACACAGUAUGUAGGGUUUUGCAAGAUUCUCAGCAAAUACUUGCAUUUUGUUAUGUAAAUACACAUUUUUUUCCCACUCUGUACAGUGAAUAGACAGAAAGGAUGUAACUCUACAGAUCUAUGUUUUACCAUAUUGGUUAGAUGAUAUUUUAGGAAUUACAUUAAAGGUUAACAAUCCAACUUUGCUGCAAAAUGUAUCAGUUAAAAAUCAACGAACGGACAAACAUUAAGAAUUUUUCUAUGUCCUCCCUACUGUUAUUCAGGCUAAUACAAUCCUUUACUGCACCUGUACAGGAGAAGUGAAAUUUUGUACAUAUUUUAGUUUAUGCCAGUCAGUGCUUUUUUUAAAUAACGUAAGACAUGAUAAUGGUGGGGAUGACUCCAGUUAUUUUCCCUAUUCUUUUGUUGUUAAUUUGCAGUUUUAAUACCCACUUAUAUGAAGUAGAGGUAUUUCUCAGGAAUUUUGGAUGGGCACAGGCAAAAACAAACAUAUCAUUUAGCUAAAUUGCCUAAUUACCUAAAUCAAUAAACCAGUGAACUCAUUUAAUUGGAUAAAUGAGAGCCAUGUGAGGUUCGUUGCAAGUAUUUAUGAGUUUUUUCCCCCCAUCGUUUGCGAAACCACAAAUGAACUCAUGGCAGGGCAGUCUGAAGACGUUGUCAUUUUUUGAACUCUUGGCCCACAGCUUAGAUAAAAAUCCUUUACUUGAAAUUUGUUGUGUUUAUUGCAGAUUUUCUUUAUACAUUUUCUUUGUGAAUGAACUGUUAGCCAAACAGAUCUCCACUUUAAGCACAAUAUUUAUAAUAUUCGGUUUAUAAUUGAUGUAUAGCUAUCGAUUUGUGAAUUUUUUAUCUUACCUUUCUGCCACAUUUUUUUUUUUGACUCAGUUGUCUUUGUGUGUAAGAGUUUGUGUUUAAGAUGAGCAUGCAUGUCUUUUACUUAUUUUAUUGCCAUAUCUUUAGCGUUUCAUACAUUUAUGUCUAUUUAAAUAUCAUGCCUGCUCUUUGUGGGUGCAAUAUGUUGAUAAACUGUGCAUCAUACAGGUUCGGGUUGUACAAUAGAUGUGGUGUUUCCAAUGAAUUGAUAAGAUCUUUGAAAAUGGAUAUGUAUGGAAUAAUAACUCGUUAAGGAAAUUAACCGGCAAUCCCAAAUUUGGGUGAUUUUGCUAGAUUUCGUAAGGAAUACUGCCAUUAGUUAAGCAUAAGUUUUGAAAACCAUUCUUGUGUCCAUGUAAGGCUAAUUUUGUCUUUUUUGUCACAAGAUUUUUUCAUGAUACUUUUCUUUGCAUGGUACCAUUUUUCUAAAGUACCCUUAAUAUUUUUUUAUGCUUGGUCUGUUUUUCUGAUUUUAGUUUUAUUUAGUAAAUAAUUUAACGAUAUCUCAUAACAGUGUGGCAUUGCUUUAAGAGCUAUAGAUGUGGUAACAGACCACUGCAUUUCCUGUUAAUCUCUGUGUUUGUACCGCAGAGUCGAGCCAACAGUUUUUAGUAGUAGUACUAUGUAGAAGUAGUAUUGUGUGAUUGGGUGUGAGUGUCAGGGACAGAUGCCUUUGCUCUUCCUGAAAAGCUUUCCGGUUUUAAUUCUCACUUUAAAGAUGUGGCCUUGUAAAAGCACGCUAAUAUAACAUUUGAUAAACACAGGUUAAGUGUGAGAUGACAUUUGCAGCAGAAGAUACAAGGGAGAUGGGCCGAUAAAAUGGGCGGACAAGGACGGAGGUAUAGUAGCCAGUGUUCUGUGUUAUUUCAGUGUUUUAUUUCCCUUUUCAUUCAUUCUCAUUUGAACUAAUCUCUUUCUUUAUGACCGGUAGGAUAAGACUACACUAGUUUGACUCUAUUUUACUGGUUUGUCAUUUUAAUGCCCUCCCCAGUAAGGUACGUCACAUAUGAUUGUACAUGUAUCUGAAAUCAUAUGCUUGAUUACCUCUGUAUGCGAGUGGGCAUGUGUGCGCGCAGGUGUUUGUGUGUGCACAUUUGUCUGUGCAAGUGUGUGUGUGUGAAAAGGAAACAGAGCACAGUGCAAUGGUUAUCUACUAUGUCUGCUGUAAAUAAUUAUGUCCCCUUUCAAUAGCCUUUUAAUAUAUGAAGACAAAUAUUUAAAAUAAUGAAAUUUGAGAUACAUUUUUGUCUGGAAGAUUUUUUAUAGCCACAUGGGGAAAAGUUAUUAGACCACUGGACCAGGAGCACAGUGCCAUUCUAAUAGCAUUCGAGAACCAGAAUUUAACACAAAAUUUACACCUCUGUUGUCUUCAAUUCUGUCCUUCUUGUAUUUUAACCACUUAUUUUAAAUGUUACUUAUGGAUCAGAACUGUACAGAUUCUGUAAAUAUGACAAAAAUGGUUUCUUUUUUUCUGUUUUUGUAUAGAGAGAGAUUACAUGUGUUAAGACUACAAUAAUAAUUUAAUGAGACAUUUCACAAUACUUAAGCUAUUGAGAAUACAGACACAGUGUGAAAAUAAGUGCUAAGAUAUAUUCUUCUGUCUCUUUGUACAAAACAGUGUUGACUAAAAACAAAAUAAAAGGGAGAUAUCUCAAGCCUCAUAGUCCUUCUGUGUUUUUCCAUACAUCUCCAGCAGCCAGAAUCUGAGGGGAAAUGGUGACACUCCUUUUUUUCUGUGUCAUCAUGUGCCAGAUAUGAAUCUCACUUGCUUUUCACGUUGUUAAUAUGAAAAUUGUGAAAUUAUUUGAUAAUCAUUUGACUAUUCAACACAAGCUUAGGUUUGCUUCCUGACAUAAUGUACAUGGAACGUGAAUGAGAGCUUCUUAGCCACUGGUGUUGCCUUGGAUACGUCUGGUUCACAGCAUCAU